UCAGCGCCAUCGACCGGUUCGGGUUAGUUUGUUUAGUUUUGUCGGCACGGGAAACAGCAGUGCUCGGAUACCGUAAAAAGCAUAGUAAAGUUGUAUCCCAAGGGGGAGUGAGAAAAAAAAAGAAAUAACACAUAUAAUUCCAGGACCUGCAGCACCGGUUUUUGAGUUAUACACGCGCGUUUCAUUCUGCAACACUGUUCGUCGAUACAAGUUCGUCGGUCGGUCGGUUGCUCGGUCGGGUGCCUUUUUCCUGGAAGGUGGGUAGAUGACUGUGAGGGCGGGGGUCCAAGGAUACGCUGUGAACGGGAAAAAGCCCGGUAGAGAUGAAGCGGAAAGGUUACCGAGAUGAUGCAGCUCAGGAUGUUUUCUGCGGUCUUGAUGAUAGGGCUAAAUUCGGAUGAUGGGAACCGAUCAUCUGCUGAAUGGAAUAUGCCAACGAGCCGCUGUUGCCGAGAGAUGGUAUAAUUAGGCGGAAGAAGAGCGACUGACGACCAGUUUGAAAAUUUUGCUCGCUCUCUGCGUGUGAUAAUGGGCCCAGCUGAUGAUGGUUUUUUGCUGAUCAGAAGAAGUAAAUUCUGUCGAGGUUGAUGAAAAAAGUGAAAGAAUAAUCGAGCGGAAAAGUGAUAGGUCUAAUUUUAGCGAAAAAAGGGUGAAGAGGAAAAGUUAUCUGAUUUUCUUUUGCAACCAACAAGCGGUUUGUGAAUUUUGUUUUGUUUCCCUGUAAGUGCUCAAAUGGUGGUGAAAUCCGCGACAUCCGUACAGUGCUUGAGCACGUAAUCGAGUGAAGAAAUAGAUAAAAACUGUGAAAAUAUAGUAGAUUGCCCUGAUGUAAAUUUAAUUUUGUGAGAAUAAGCCAAAUAAGUGCGCGUGUAACCCUCUAGUGAAAAGAAAAAAAAAUGUUGCAGCGUACCGCAACGAGGAAGAAAAUGCCAAUGAAAGUAAUUUCGUAAUCUUCGGGCUUUCUCUCACGCGGUGGCGAUAAUAAUACACGUUACGGUGCCAGGCGGAGGGAGAAGAAAAAACAUUCACACCCACCGAGUGAGAGAAUGCAAAUAGCUGCCACCGCCGCCGGGGAGAUUGCUACUGUUGGCAGAAGGAACGGUGCUACCGUGGGAACCGUUCGGAAGGUCAAAGUCGUCGCAGACGCCGCAACCGCCGCUACUGUCGGUCUCAGCGGAGGCGAAGAUGAGUGACAAGCUGGCCGGUGGUGGACGGUACAACCGUAUCAGCCCAUCAUCUGGUCGUGGUUCUAUUAUUGCCUAUUCCCCGUUGCCCAAGUCCGAGCAGGACUGCCUGCAGGCGCCGGGCAAUAACUGUCUCGCGAUUCCGUUGUCCGCCAUCCAGACGGAUAACAACAACUACCAGAAAUCGGGACCGCCGCCUCCACUUGGAACCGUGGGACAGAAGGGGGUUGUCCUGAACUCACACCCAUUCCCGGACGGAGUGGCCAACAAACAUGCCGGUCAGAACAAUAACACUAACGGCAAGCGCUUUAUCAUUGUCAGCGACAUCAAGAAAACAGUGAGCUUCGGUGGUCAGCCCGGUACCGGAGGCUUCGUCAGUUCCCGCAGCGAACCUAUCUCCCUGGCAACGUUGGACAAGGACUGUUUCAUCAUCCCGGUGCACAGUUUAGACCGGUUUCUACCGGCAGGAAUCCCCCUACCAACCCCAGAGACAACCGAUGCUUCCCAGGUCGGUCCGCUUAGCGUGCUCGAGGUGUCCGAUCCGAAAAUUUGCAUCCUUGCGCACCUGAUGAGUCCACUGGAACCGAUCGAUCCCCUGCUGGAGUCACCCCUGGCACAUCCUCUGACGAAACAGCGAGCGGUCGCCUCGGAGCUGCUGAACGAAAUACAGCAGGCUAAUAGUGCCGUCAGUGGGAUGCUGCUGGCCAACAUGGAGCGAAGUUCGGCCGAAUUCCCUUUCAUCGCCUACUACGUGAUAAACACCACCCAGACUGAUCCGACGCUGUUCUACACCGGGGUCCGGGGAGCCUCGCUAUCCAAGUUCGAACCGAAAAACACCCGCUACACGGCAGCCCACACCCUGGACCUGUACAGUGAGGUGGCAUCCAUUUGCCGGCCGCCCCUAGCGCUGGCACCGAAUGAAAUAGGCAGCGUCAAAAAGGGCCAAACUCCAUCGACCGGCUACAUCAUUAGUGUGUAUAAGGUCUACGAAGGUGACGAUGGCGAACGAUUUGAACGGAAUUGGCUCUACUGGACCGGUGCCAGAAUGAUAUACAGAUAUCUGCCAAAAACCGCCGGCCUUCGACGGAUCACCCUUCACAAAAGCGUAUCGCCGCGGGGGGAUAAAAUGUAUCUGCUGGUGUGUGAAUGUGCCGACCUGCUCAAGGAUCUGUCGGCGGCGGCACUCCUGAUACCGGCCCUCCGGGCGAGACUCUGCGGCUACACCGGUCUCUAUCGACCGAUACAGACCUUCUAGUUCGGUACCGGUGUGUUACGGUUAUACUAAGUUUAUGUUACGUUGUACAUUUUCAAUUGUGUCAAAAGAGAUCGAAUUUAUUACCUUGUUUUCAAUAGUUACGGUGUACGAGUGGCGAUAUCAAUUGCAGAUUAGUGUAAAUCGGAAGUGACGGUAAAGAAUCAAACGUUCUCUUAAAUUUACUACUUUCUAGUACUUUUUUUUCCAAUACACGGUUGUGCAAUUAAUCGGUAGAUGAGAUAGGGAAUUAUCGCUAUGAAAAAUUGCAAAUGCGUAUGCAAUGCAAAGCAGGUUAGAUACCUGAGAAAAGCGCUUAAAAUAUCAACCGAAAUCACGCAAAUAAGACGAGAAAGAAAUAAAACAAUCCGUUACCACGCGGUACAUUUAUAUGCUUAUCUUUUUAACGAACAGAAAAGAGCAAUAAGUUACCAGUAUUUAUAGUAGAAAACGAUCUAUAAGAACAAAUGCAACUGCCACUGACAUAGCGAUGGCGUGAAACGUAAUUAUUUCUUCUCCAGCAAAGACUAGAUAAGCAAACAAAACGAAUACAAACGAGAACAAACCACCCAUGGUUUCACACAAUAUUAUACAAUCAUCAAAGCUGAUUUUAUUUACACUCGUCACGCAGACACCACACGCGUUAACACGACGCAUACUUAUUCACGCAACACAAACACAUCAACAAUACAAAGCAAACCGAAACGUUUUAAGUGCUGAAGCAGUGAAAUUAAAACUUUCUGUAAUGAAAUAAUACUAUAUUUAGAAAAGAAAAUAUUUUUCCAAAUUACUAUAUUCGAUUUUACUGCUCGUCAGAUGAACAGUUUAAACCAGUUCAAUGAAUAAGUUUAAGGAAUAUGUGUCAAAAGGAGACUGUUACAGAUAAGAAGAUACUCUUCUCAUUUCCUCCAGAAAAAAACACUUCGUGUUUCUUUCAUCGAAAUAUAGUGGUACAUGGUAAAAUAGUAGGCCGUGGAAUCAAUGGUUUGUUCUUUUUUUCCGCGUACCAAGAUAUUUCAUGCUUUUUCAUCAUUUACUUGAAAGAACACAUGUUUCAGUUCGCAGUGCUUGGAUACUCAGCUGCGUCUCUCUAGAUUCUUCUAAUAUGAAAUUUUGUUAGUGACGAAUACCUUGGUUUUUUAAUCCGCAGCUACGAAUCGCUUGCCAAAUCAAGUGUCUCCUUUCAAAUUUAUCAGUGAAAAUUAGCCUAAAACUUUCAGGGGAUAGCUCUUCCUAUUUUAGUGGUUAAAAUGUUGGCGUACCCUUAUCUCUUUGAUAAAUUGUAAUUAAAUUGAUAUUUUUGUUUAUGGCACCACCGAUUCAAUAUAUUUCAUAAUGAAGGUCUUUUCUAAUCUGUAACAGUUUCAAGAGAAGAUGCGAAGGAUGCAGGAUCCAGCAUGGGGAAUUUUAAUAAAGCCAAACAGAAAAUCUUGUAGUUCGACAAACUUGAAGAAUUCGCCAAGAUCAGUACCAAUACUAACUAACUAAAUCUUUUCGAAAAUAUUCUGCUUCAAAACAGCACCAACCGCCAAAUUGAUAUAUGUAGAAAAUGGAGGAACGUCCACGUUGUACACGCUAAAUAAGCGAUUUAAAUCUUCACAUCUCAAAUAGGAUAGAACCGAAAGCAAUUCGAUUCGAAGUUGACAAGAAAAGCAGCUCUGUGAUUCCUACGCGAACAAUUAUACAGCAUAAUGCGAAACAGAGAAAAAAAUAUAUCAACAACAGUAAACAAAUUUUGAUUAUACCAAAUCUUCAACCAAAUCAUGGUUUUGAGUUUACUAUAGAAAAAAAAUCGUAACCCGUUUGCAACAUCAUUCAUAACACGCAACAUUAUUGUUUUAGGCAACCAAAACAAUCAACCAUGCCGCGAGGUUGAUCAAAAUAAUUAUUAAAUUUAACGCUGUGAUAUGUGAUAAAUAUGAAAGAAAAUUCACACCGGUAGCUACAACAGCUGUAAAUGGAAAUCCACGCGAAGAGAUUUCAAAAAUCUCGCCUCGAUUUUAACACUUUUAGAAUCUCGCUAUUUUACGCAAUUACUUCUGGCGAUUGGAAAUGCCUGAUGGCCAACCCCGAAACAGCAUCUGUAAAAUUGUAUUGGGAUUCAAACCGAACAUAUAUCCUGUAAAAAAACACACACUACACAUAGAUAAACACUGCAUAGGGUGGUAAAUUUCGAUUCUAAAUAGCAACAAAACAUUAAAAAUUAGCUAAAUAUCUUUCCAACAGUAGAACAGCGGAUCAAACACUAGCUAAAAUAAAUUUUGAAUUUUUCCUUAGGAUUAACGGUGCGAUAUGGGGCAAAUUGAGAAAAUACGGAAACAUAUUUCAACACAAACAAAAACGAUCGAACAGCUUUUCUCUAUACGAUAAUGAAGCAGAUACGGUUGCGGAAACUUGCAACUGGAGAAUUAUUCCUGGAAUAAAAAAAAGUUUGGAAAAAGAAGAAAAUAAACGUCUCUCACAAACG